AUGGAAAAUGAACAAUUGGAUAUUGGUACAGCAAACCUCGGUUGGAAAGCCAAGUGUUUGGUGAGUGUCCCCCAGAGAUUUUGAAAGAAGACUGUAUGUUCAGAUGGAGUCGAAACAGUUCGUCAUCUAUAUGCCGCGGAUGACCACGCUCCAACCAGAUGUACGUUUUCAUACAUUUCUAUUCUACCGUAAAUUGAACGUUUAGGAUGCCGCACUUCUGAAGAGAAGGCCGGAGGUGGUGGAGCAGUUUGCGAGAGCGAAACAGUUCGGGGAGAUCGAGAACGAGAAGGCGGCUGCUGUGCUGGUCCACAGCAAUAUGUGGAUCAGAGACCAGUGGAACCAGUCUUGGCAGGUGAGUUACACACCUAUAAGUAUAAAAAUGUACGUAUAAACGACACUUUUAGGCGCGACGAGUCGAGUUCCCCGACAAGAACUCAAACAAGGUCAAAAUCUUCUAUAAGAUGGUCAAAAAACCACAACCGGCAAAGUAAAUGAAUGAAAGAGCAAAUAUUCUCACAAUAAUUAGUUUUCUAGACCGUCCAAUAAAUUGGAUAUUUUUGUUGGAACCAUUACUCAUUCCAACAGCGAAUGGCCUUCCCUUAGUCACGUAAUUGAAAACGUUUCCGAACUACUCGCUUCAAAUACUGUUUUUCAGAGAAACGAUGAGAAAGUCCGCAAGUGGAUGCCCACUAAGCACCAUUUGGGUCAAGAAGUGAAUGAAAGAAACAAAAGACAAGAAAAAACAUUUCAUUUUCAGGACUUUGCCAAUCUCCUCGACCAGCUUCCGCGCAUCGCCGAUCAGUGCCGCUUGAGACAGAAAAGAGCACGCAAAAUCACGAUCGUCAGUUUUUCCCUCGAACUUUCCAUAUUUAUCAAGUUUUUUUCCAGGAGACUCCGCGGAAGAUGUUCGUCACGGUCCGUGUUCGCGGUAUGGAGCCCCUCUACCAGGUGAGUGCACAUUUUUUCUCUCUUCUCUGUGCUUCGAAACAAUAUGUUUUUCUGCUUCCUCACUUCGAAAAAGGUUCAUCAAACAGCCUUCAUUCGACAAGAUUAGGUUUUUCGGAUUAGUUAGGUCGUUUCGUAGUAGCCGACGAGCCGGCGUCGACAACGACUUGGACACAAAACAAGAACAAACGAAUUGAAACAGAUUGCCCAACGGCUAGCACAAAUCUAA